AUGGGCCAUGGUUCACCGGGCGACCUGGUCCUCCACCAUUCACAGUAUCGACGCUAUUCCCGUACAUCUCCACAUCCAAUCUCUAUCUCCAGCACUAGCGGUGGCAAGCGAGAGCUGUACAUGAUGAUUGGCAUCGUGGGUUGGGGCCGAUCUCGACUGCCCGUCGGUCAAAGGAGAAUUUCGAGCCAACCAUUUCCCAACCAUAAGUCUCCGCUGCGACUCUUUUCAGCCCGCCCCCUGCCAGCUGGAAUCCGAAUCGAAGCCGCCGCCAAAUAUCUGGACGGAGUUGUGCUGACAGCCCGCAAUAUCUCCUAG